AUGAUCAAGUACGUGUGGCACGUGGCCGCUCUGAUGAUCGUCUUUUGUUGGCUGUCGAGUGCCAGAAGUGCCAGCUAUCAGCAUCAGAAUUUAAACAGCUUGAGUGCAGCACCCAAACCUCAAACCAAUAGCCAAGGAUCGGGCUCAACGGGUUUCUGGAAGGACAUGUCGAUGGUCUAUCGCAUAUACCAACAAUGCACGGGAGACAACAUGUCCGUCUGCCUCAAGGUCAAGCUACUAACGGGUCUGGAGAAGGCCUUUCGAUCGGCCAAAACCCUUGCGCUCACAGAUGGAAUUCAGUUCGUGAGCUCCGGCGGAGAGAGUGCGGAGCCCAAAAGGGCGCCCAUAAAUGAACAGGAUAUUGAAGCAGUGCUGCCAAGGAGCGUGGAUGCCAAGGAACAAGUCCUGAAUAACAUGAUCAUGAAGCGAUUGAGCAAUUUCCUUCAGGAUCAUACUUUGCAGGUGAAAUUCGACUCGGAAGAUAACUCCGUGGAGGGUCGCAAGAAAAAGGAGAAGAAACACGGCGCCAUGAUCAUGAUUCCCUUGCUGCUUGGAGGAACGAUGGUGCCUCUGGCCUAUGGAGCUUUGGCCAUGCUGGCCGGCAAGGCGCUGAUCGUGUCCAAGUUGGCCCUGGUGCUGGCCUCAAUUAUUGGCAUUAAGAAGCUGCUGGCCGGAGGAGGCGGUGGACAGCACAACUCCCAUGAAGUGGUCGUGUCCUCGGGCAGCAAUUCGGGUUGGGGUCGAGACCUGGACACGGCCUACAGUGGCUGGAAGCCGGCGGCCAAGGAUUCGGCGGGCAGCGCCAAGAGCCUGUGA